AUGACAAUACGUUCUAUGAGUGGCGGCAAUCGCCGCUCGAAAACGAAUACCAAAAACUCUGAACUGUUUACACUCGUCUGGUUGCAUACACCUGUGCAAGAAAGUCUGAAAACUGAAGACAAAGUACGUUCAAUCAUAAAUGAACUUGAACAGUUUCAAGAUGCAACCGAAAAUGGUGAACAUAUCGAACAGAAAUCUUCGCAAGAUCGUUUAUUUGUCAUUGUGAGUGAUCAACUCGAACGACAGUCAGUUCCAUGCAUUCGUCAUUAUCAUCAAGUUAUUUCAAUAUAUGUAUAUUGUCUGGAUAAAACAAUCAAUGAAGAAUGGAUGCAUCGAUAUUGGAAAGUAAACCAAAGGAGAACAGAAGUGUUCUAA